AUGGCAUCUGCACUUCCUCCGCCCCCUCCACCGCAAUGGGUGGUCGCGCUCAACUCUCCGAUGCCGCGUCCCACCAAGGCCGCCUCCAGCAUCCCGGAUCCACCAGGCUUCUCCAGCAGCCGAGGAGGUAAACAGCGUCAGCAGCAGCAACAGCAACCCACCUCGAAGAAACCCGAAGAGACCGACGCUCUGAAGAUGAAGAAGGCUUGGGAAAUUGCCAUUGCGCCAUCCAAGCAGAUCCCAAUGAAUGCAAUCAUGAUGUACAUGUCCGGCAACAGUCUUCAAAUUUUCAGCAUUAUGAUGGUGUUUAUGCUAUUUAAAGGCCCCAUUCAGGGCCUAGUUAAUACCAAUGCGGCAUUCGCCAAGUACGAGACUCCGUCCACCCGUGGGCGCUUGGUUGUGGUGAAAUUGGUCUACAUCUUGAUGCAGCUGUUACUGCUGGCGCUGGGUAUCUGGAAGGUUAAUGGCAUGGGGCUCUUGCCGACCACGAGAUCAGAUUGGCUUGCAUGGGAAUCUGAGCGGGAACCUCUGGAGCGCGCUUAUUUUGCAUUCAGGUGA